AUGUUUACGGCUAUAGCUGCCCUAUUUUGGGCUAUUCUGUGGGUUUCAACCCUUGCCCCAUUAGUAACCUCUUACCAAAAGAAAAAUUUGGAGAAGUUUCCCCUUGAUGGCCUUGACAUCUCCCUAGUUACAGAUGAAACCUUGACCGAACUCUUUGAUACAGCACCCGUUCUUCAUGACUACCAGGGAACUCGGAUUGUGCGCUUAUCACAAACGUUGAUUCUUAAAGGAGGGGACAAUUCAUCGCCUGGUGAAGCUAGAAUUCUUGAGAUCAUCGCUCAGGCUGGCAAAUCGAUCGCAGUACCUAAAGUCCAUCGCGUGUUAAAGUUCGAAAAAUGCUUUUAUGGGUAUAAAUGCCUCAUUGUGAUGAAUUUUGUGAGUGGAAGCUCAGUUGAGGAUUGCUGGGAAGACCUAAGUCAGAGUGAACGCAAGGAUGUCAUCUCUCAAAUCGCUUCGAGCCUCGACAAUUUACACUCUAUCUCUCUACCAGAGCAGGUGCCAGAACCUAUUAUACCGGGCCCAAUAGGUCCUUAUUCAUGUUUUGCCCGUGGUCCUUUCUUUAUUGAUGCAGGAAGCGGCCCAUUUACCUCAACAGAGGAACUCGAGGCUUGGUUCAAUCGACGACUUGAGAUCACCCAGAAUUUUAAACAAGCACCACUUGACUCCCAACCAUUUCGUUUCAACAAACUAGUUCUUACACAUUUGGAUAUUGUGCCUUGCAACUUGAUUCGAGAUUUAAAUGGAAAAGUCUGGCUGAUCGACUGGGGGUUUUCUGGGAUAUAUCCAGAAGGAUUCGAAUUUGCGUCAAUCCAUUUACGGAGAUAUCGUGCACCAUAG